AUGGAUACUCCUCUAGAGAGAUCUUUUUUUAUUCCUAGUCCUCGAAAAAAUGUGACAAUAUCGGAUCACUUGUGGCAUGUGGAAUCGGUGGCCACUCUACCUUCGAGGGCUAGCAAGAUACCUAGGCUGCACAUAGUCAUACUCGGAGAGGCACUUGUUUUUGAGGAGGAUGAUCUCGUCUUCCCUAACGAUGAUUUCUCUUGUCAAGCUCUCGUUUUCUCUCAAUGUUCCAUGUUGCUACUUUUUCUG